GCCUAGAGCAAGUCUAGAGGUUACACCGCUAGAGGGCGCCGUUGUGUGUCGCAAAAAUGUUAAAAUCUCUUGAAAAUGAUAAAUACAGUUUUACAAAAUGUUAGAACAUUAGUUAUGUUGUAAAAAUAGCGUAACAUUAUGAUUUAUUAGGUAGGUGGUGUUAAUUUUAUAAAGUACGGGGUGAAUAGUGGUUUCAGUGUAUAAAAGUCGUAAGACUUGUGUCAUCUGAUUGCUGUUCCUUCAAGAUGGCUCCUCCGCCGGAAUAUGAUAAGGAACCGAAAGCCCCGGAUAAAACUGCCCCAGUAAUCAUUAAUGAAGACACAAAAUUAAUCAACAGUUUAAACGACCAACAAACAAAAUCGGAUCACAAAACGACCAAUACUGCCACCAACAGUGAAGGCGAGAAAAGUAAAGCGGAUAAUAGUGUUGAGAACCUUGACGACGGGCGGCUACGAGCGUUGCUCGACGAGGCUAUCACAUACAAGUGUCCUAAGGAUAGGGAAGGAAAAAGCGAUCUAUUUAAGAAUCUCCUGGAGGAGGCGGAACAAGACGACCAAGCAUCGGAGGCGGUGGCGCGCGCAUCCAGCGGCGGCGCCCGCGUGCGCAGGGGCGCGGGGCGGCGAGCGCUCGCGCACUCCAACUCGCUGCAGGACCUGGUGGCGGCCGCGCUGGCUGCCGAGCCUGCGCCGCGCCGGCCCCGCCCGCACGCGUCCGUGUCCGCGCGGGCCACGCACGGCGGUAGUCUGCCUUCCGGAGUCGACACGUCGUUCCUGCUAGGUGAGGAGCCGACGCGCGCCGGCUACUUGGCCACGGUGCGUUGCGUCAACCCGCCGCCCUUCGCCGAGCGUCGCGUGUCCGCCUCCGACGCCAACUGCCCCGCAGAAAUCGAGCUGUUGCACAGAAGGAGUAAGCCAGUGUUCCCGGUCACAUACACGGCACGCGCCACUCUCGAAAUCGGCAGCGGCAGCGUGAGCUCGGGCCGCGCGGUCACCACCACUACCGCGUCCAAUCAGGUGCGUACCCCCGCCCCGGCACUCCCAAACCGCAACCAAACCAGACUCAUGAACGCUUUGCACCGCCCCACCGACUCCCAAGUCGUUAAACGCUUCGAGUGUGAACCGCGCGGCCCGCGACUGCAACACGAUAUAGACAUGUUCAGAAUCUCCUGGACAGAUAUCACUGCGAGAUACGCACCUGAGAAGGAAACGCAGGAAGCUUUAGAGCUCACCUCUCAAAAACAUUCUACUGGAAUUGGAACGGCGUUACUAGGCCUAGAACAUGACAAGAAAACAGCGACUACCAGUAAAAAGAGGGAAACUUCCGCCCAAAACAUGUCUACUGGAAAUACAACUGCCAUACACACUCGCAAAUCAUGCCUAGAGCAAGAUAAGAAAACAGCGACGACCAGUGAAAAGAGGGAAACUUUUGCUCAAAUCGCGUCUCCUGGAAAUGCAACUGCAAUAAUCACUCGCAAAUCAAGCCUAGAGCAAGAUCAGAAAACAAAACUUAUCAGUGACAAGAGAAAAACUGUUACGCAAAACCCGUCUCCUGGAAAUGUAACUGCAAUACUGACUCGCAAAUCAAGCCUAGAGCAAGAUAAGAAAACAGCAAUGACCAGUGAAAGGAAAACACCUCGAGAUAAGAAGGCUAAUGCUCGUCCCUGUCAAACCGGACCAUCUCAUGAAAACAACAUAUCAGCAUCUUUCCGUCAAACCCAGUUGCAUGAUAGCAAAAUAAAGCCGCUUCCGGUGCUUCAAAAACAGCAGUUGCCAGAAAACAAAACAACGUCGCAGCCUAGGGGUACAACACAGCUAUUGAUUGAAAACAAAAUGACGACGCAACCGAUGCGCCAAACAAAUCUAUUGCUUGAAAACAAAAUGACAGUUCAACCGAUGCGCCAAACAAAUGCAUUGUGUGAAAACAAAAUGACGGCGCAGCCGAAGCUUGAAGAAUCACCAUAUUCUAAAAUGCAAAAUAUGACAACUAACUCUCAAACUAAACUACAUAAUGAUAUGUGGCUGCACGGUGUUAAUAAAUGGUAUGAAGGCUUAGAUGCUUACGCUGCGACAAAUAAAUGUUUAAAUAAAAUACCGACGCAACAUGAACUAAAUUUUCUAGAAAUUAAUGAUGACAAUAGUAGUGUUAUUGCAAUUACAGAAGGUAUGCAAAAUAACGACAUAGCUAGAACUAAUGUAAUCUCGGAUAUAAAUAUUCAUAGUACAUCUAGGGAGCCUCAAGAAACGGAAAAAAUGAUUGGUCGUAGCGAUGACAAUAUAACCAGGGCCAAUGAAAACUUACGUGAUGAUGAAGAAUGUGAUAUAAUUUUAAGAAAAAAAUAUCGAGAGAGAGUAGGUCGUUCCUUGACAGUGCCUAAUUUAACCUCAAUUAAUCCCAGGAAUAUUAGGCCGAUGACAAUAGGCACCAUUCCUUCACCUGUCAAUGGACCUUCUAUUAGUGUUAAAGAUAAAGAUGAUGUUAAUUUUUUAGAGAAUAAUAAUGUUAAAAAUAUUUCUAUAGUAAACAAAGUUAAUGAGCAAACGAAGACUGAGCAAUGUGAUAGCACCAAAGAUAUGGUCGUGUCUAACGCGGCGAAAUAUUUACCUAAACGUGAUAGCAUUAAAAUUAUUACAAAUAUUAAUAAAAAUGACAAAAAAAUAGAAGAUUGUUCACCAAUAAAAUUCGAAUUACGCACACAAAAGCAAAUAGGUAAUUCAGAAUGUUCAUCAAAGAAAGAACAGUGUGUUACAUUGAAUAAACCUGAAAAAAAACCCGAUACAUGCGACGGUAUAGAAUUGGUAGAAAUUUCACAAUGCGAUAAAAACGUGAAGAUGGAUUCAUUUUCUCAGUAUUAUUCUAAACAGAAAAAAAUAUUUGAAAUGUUAAAAGAAACUGAAAAUGAAAACUGCUGUUUAACAGAAUUAAAGGACAUGGUUUCUGAUCAACAAUGUAAAAGCAAGAAUUCAUUUGAACAAUACAAUUUUGAACAACAAAAUUUACUGAAAUUGUUAAAACACCAGGAUUGCGAAGUAUAUGAAGAAGUAAAUGAGUGUAAUCAACAGGAAGAUGCAGAUGUUGAUAACAAUGUAGCAAACAGCGAAAAACUAACAUCGUCAACAACGAACAUCAAUAAAGACAAAACAUCUUCUAUAGACAGGACUUCAAAUGACAUUAUCAUAAAGUUAAACACACAACACAAGAAACCCGACGACGAAGAUUCACGAGAUCAUCUUAUACUAGCAGAACUGCAGCAUAACGCUUAUGUUUUCCUAACAAUGCCUAACCGCUUUUUCCAAACAAAUAACAUAGACAAAAAAUCAGUACAUAUUCGAGAAAUACAAAAUGACGUCUCUGAAAAUAGAGAAGUCCGAAGCGCUCCAAAGAAUUCCAAAAGGGGGAAAGAUAAAACAGUUGGACUAUCUGAAGCGAAAAAAAGAGAGAACAUCAAUAGAACAGCCCUUAAAGUGCUUCUGUUCGAAAAGAACAAAAGGGAUUCUAUCAAAGCAGAGGCGUCUUCUGAGGCCAAUAAAGAGGUCGAUUCUGCUAUACCGUUUAGUUGCAUCACAACACCGGAGGUUGUGUCCAGUUGCAACACGACAUCCUCCACUUCCCAGACGGCAGUCGCUGUUGAUCCCAAGCCUCGUAGCGUGAUCUCAAGCAGCUUCAACGGGCUGUCCCUCUCGCGGCCCAACUACGGCUCCACGGCGUCCACGGCUCCCGACGAGUACAAGGUGCCUAUAUUCACUGUGCACUACCGUUUACAGAAAUCUCUAGAUGAAAAUGGCAAUGCAGUACAAGGAUUCAGUUCACCCAUCUCGGGGUCUAGUCAGCACAAGAAGCCCAGACGGAAAAAGUCUUCCAAGAACGAAACUGUGAUCACGUCGCACCAGAUCGACGGCUACCAAGGCAACAAGGACAUCAACGAGGUUCUGCGUUUCAUCGAGUCGAACGCGGAACACGGUCGCGGCGCCAAGCUCGGCCGCGCCAAACACAAGGACGACUCCGACGAUAAAAGUGGCAAGAAACGCUCCUCUGAGCGCCGCAAGGACAAAGAGAGCAAGGUGAAGCGCGCCUCCUCGCUCGAGGAGCUCUCGCGCACCAAGCUCGAGGAUCUGACGGACGCGCGCGAGCCGCCGCGGCGCCACGACCGCAAGCCGCGCCCCGACAACAAGGCCGAGCGCCGCUCCUGGGGUGACGACGCGCGCGACUCCUUCUACUACCCCGCCCCAGCCAGCGCGCCCGAGCCCGACGCCGAGCGCGAGCCCGACCACGACCACGAGCCCGACCCUGAGCCCGAGCCGCCCGCCCUCGUCGACGUCGCGCCCGAGCCCGCCACCGAGCUCACCGACUUCCAGACCGUCACCAAGCGGCGGAAGCCGCGCCGCCGCGCCGACGACACCGAGCGGGAGCCGCCCCGCCGCCCGCGGCCGCCGAGCCCGCGCGCGCGCCGCGAGUCCGCGCCGCCCUCCGACCGCAGCAACGACUCCAACGACGACCUCGACUCGGUGCAUUCGCUGCCGCCGCCCCCUCCGCCGCCGCCGCCCGCGCCCCACGCCUCGUACGCGGACAUUGCGCGGACCCGGCACAACAUCCCCGACCUCAUCGAGUCGUGCAACUUCUACGCGGAGGGCGAGAGCGCGACCGUGCGGCGCGCGGUGGAUGCGCCCGCCACCGCCGGCGACGCGGACGGGUACCCGGCGCUGGGCGGCGGCGGCGGCGGGGGCGGAGCGGGAUGCGGGCGAGGCGCGCGCGGCAAGCCAGCGGCUCGGCGCGAGCGCAAGGAGCGCGCGCCCGCCGCCCCGCCCGCGCCCGACUGCCCCGCUCCCGACGUGCUGGGCGACCGCCGCCCCGCCGUCAUCCUGCUAGACUCGGCGGCGCGGCCGCGCGACAUGGACGGCGUCACGUUCGGGUUCGACAUCAACGAGCAGCUGCUGGGCGCCGGCGCGCGUCGCCCGCGCUGCGACCUGGUGCGCGACGCACUGGACGCGGGCGCCGCCGCCGCCGCCAGUACUGCGACCGAGGGGGAGGCGGAGGCGGUGACGGAGAGUGUGACGGCGGGCUCGGCUCGCGUGGGUGUGGCGGUGGCGGUGGUGGCGGGCUGCACGGCGCUGCGGUACGUGCCGCCCGACCCGCCGCCCGACACGCACCACCUGCACCAGAUCAUCGACUAUGUCGGCAAUGCGUGGGAGGAUGUCGUCCGUUGCGGGGCCGGCAAGAUUCGCUACUUCAGCGAGUAGAGGAGACUCGCCAGAGACGUCCAGUGUAACAAACAUACGACUUCUUCUACGCGAGUGCGUGUUUUAACUGUGUCCAAGUGUUCAGUGACAGUGUGACAACCAACCCUAGCGGGAAACGGGAUCCGUGCGCAUACAACCAAACCAAUAAGGCGCUGCGCCGGCGCCUCAACGAAGUCUGAGAUUACACGAUCUAACUUAGUGGUUUCGCUGUGAUUAAAAGUAAUUUUGUUUUUAACGCUUUACGAAUGAAUAUUAUAGGUGACGUGAACGAACUACCUAAGCAUUUAAUAUGUAAACUUGCGCUUAAAAAACUUAAAUGAAAAAAUUCAAUAAAAAAUCGUUAUUUAGUCAUUGUGGAGUAAUGUUUUGUUUUUUUAUAUUGCGGCCUGACACUGAUGUAUGUAAUUGCGAAAGCUUAUAAGUUAAAAUUUGUGUUUGUAUUUAAAUUGCCUACAUUUGAAUUAUUGAACGUCAGUGAGGAUUGUGUGAGUGGCGGCGAGUUCGGUCGUGUCAGGCUCGCGGCACGUUUUGUUCCGAAUCCAAGAAGGCAUGUAAUUAUUUGUUUCUGUUGAUGUUUAUCAUGCUUGAAUUUUGUUAUAUAAUCACAAAUAUUUGGUAAAUCUUCUGUAACUAGCUACAUACCUAUUUUGUUAUGUAUUUUUAAGUUUUACCAGAUUGUAAUUGUAAAUAUAAAGAUCUUUAAGGUUUAACUGGCCAUAUGUUCAUAUGGAACGUUGUCAUCUCAUUUCGUCAUGUCCUCAUAUUUUUGUAGUGAUUAAAGUUUCGUCUACUUAUUGUAAUAAAUUAAAAUCUUGAUGUCCAUAGUGUUUAAAAGUAAGUAAAUUGUAUAAAUUACUCAUUUUAAAGAGACAUAUUUUAUCACAGAACAAAACAAUUUUAUUUCAUUGGUGUUAAUUAAUUAAGAGAAUUAUGCUAUGUUUAAAAAUUACACUAUAGCUAAUAAUAAAAAAGCAUAAAAAUUAUUUGUUAAUAAACAAAAAAAAUAUAAAAAUAAAUAAUUUUAAAGUGAGAACUUGACCAAAUGGGGUGGAAUGUUUGAAGCUAAUACAAAUGAAUAAUCCUAAUAUUAAUUAAGUAUAGUGUGUAAAUAUAAAAAUUCAAGCAAAUUAAGGGAGUAACAAUAUCAGUUUGUGCCUUCAGCAGUUUUUCAUCAAAGUAAGAAUUUCAGAGUGUACUGAUCAUCCAUUACAAACUCUUUCACUCUGGAAAACCAAGCUUCUUUAACAUAGAAAAGGGACUGAAAGAGAGUUAUAGAGAUUGCGCAUAGAUGUAGUUACUCCCUUUCUGAUUGCGGAGGAUGUUACACAUUGUAAAAUAAAUCUGAGAGGCCCGAGAGGCCAUACGACCACACGUGAACUAUGAGUGUCGUACAAACAGCCACACUUCAAGUUGCCAUCAACUAUCAAAUUUUCUCAAUAUUUUGUAAGCAAUUUAGAGCUCAAAGUCAAUUGGAGAAAUUUGUCAUUUUGGGCAACUUGAUCUGUGGCUGUCCGUACUUAAACCGCACGUCGUGUGUCUCAAAACAUACGCUAAUACCCGCGAGCUGCAUUCACGCAAGUUUCAUGUAGUUCGUAAUCCUUCUUUGGCACUAUGUAUAAGAGAAUCAUAGGUGGAGCAUAAACGACUUUUUAUCGAUGUUCAUGUCAUUCACAUGAAUCAAUAAGACACUGAGAAAUAUGUGGAGUCAAAACUUGAAAAUAUUACUUACAUAAUUGCUUUCUAGAUUUAAGUAUAUCUUUAUUGCACAAUGAAAAUAUACCUGUUUUAGUUUUCAAUAAAAUGACCACAUUUUAAACGGUAUGGCUACCUCAUAGAACAGUGGCUCCAUCUAUGCUUAGUUCUGUCUCAAUCUCAUAACACUGUCCAAAUGUUCAAUUUUAAAAACUAAUUGUCUCAAUGUUGUAUAUUAUAAAAUAUUUGAUGUUGAUGGACAUAAUGCUAGUCGUGUUUGAAUGGUAUAAUAAAAAGGAAAAUUAUCUGCUUUGACAAAUACAGAGUAAUGAUAUUUUUUUGUUGUUAAUGGUUCAUUCAUUCUAUAUACGCCAAUCAUAAAAUUAAUAGUUGUGGUCUAUUUGUGUGAUUUUGAUUGUCGAAACAUUACCAACUGUACAGUGUGGUAAAUACUGACAGUAAAUUUCUAGAAUAUCUGAAGUGAUUUAAGUUUGAAAAAAUAUUAAUUUUUCUUUUAAAAUUGCAUUGCACCGAAAAUCCUAUUAUAUGAAGUAUAUAAUUUGAUGGUCACUAUGUUUUAUUUGCAUUUAUAAAUGUGACAGUUUUAAUUCACUAAAAUGUAAGUACAGGACCACAGCUGAUAUUGUAAAUAUAAUAAUGUACAUUUAUUUCAUUUUGAAAGAGAUGUCUUACAAUUUUACAUUGUCGUGAUUGAUGUAAUUAUACUGGAAGGACGCUCAUAUCAAAGGUAUAGAAAUAUUAUUUAUUAUUAUUUCUUUCCCUUGUAAAAUAUGUAAAUAGAUGUUCAGAAAAUUGUUUUUCGGUUUUAUCAUUUUUAGUGCGUAUUAGAUGUUGUAGAUGGAAGAUCUCUGGGUUUUGAUGUUGCGACAAUAUCUGUACGAAUGCUAGCCUACUCUACUAUCUGUAAGAAUGUCUGUUUCUUUGUUAUCUACUAUUGAAAGGGAGCUAUUCAACAUGGUUUGCGCAUUAAAAUUUAAUAACUUCAAUACAAUCUUUUCAAAUACUAUUAUUUUAGUUCACAUUUAUUAACAGUUGCAUUAGUCAUACUUCACUUUAUUCAAGUAAACAGUGACAUAAUAAUUCUGUUGAACAUUUAUGCUCUGAAAACAGAUAAUUGAAUUAGGUCUCAGUAAAUUUUGAUUUUCAAAGCUAGUGCCAAAUAACAAGCGACAUCUACAAGCUCUAUGUAAAGUUUGCACUAAUACCUAAUAUUUUCUGAAGGGCAAUAUAUACCUAAGAAGAUUAACUAAUUCCUAAAGAACGCCCUAAUUAUGUGCAAAAACCUAUCGUAGUCUUCAUAUAUUUAUAUUCUAGCAAAAAAGCGUGAGAUCUUAUUACAUAUACUAUACUUAUAAAACUACAAAAUGUGGAUGAGCUAAAAUUCUCUCUUAAUAUAUCUAAGUAAUAUUGUCCAAAAGAGGAUGCUGUUUAGAAAAAUGGUUGGGCAAAGGCGAAGUGUAAAUGUAUAAAUAAAAUUAAUGCUGAAUUAUAAGGCUGAUUGUCUCAUUGUCUGAGUAAGUUUUACUCCUGGAUCACAUUCAGAGAACAAUCACUGUCUAUUAGAUGUCUCUGAUAUUGUAACAAAUGUGUGAUCUUUUGUUUUUAUUGAUCUACAUACUAUUUGCCAACAAUGUUUUUAUGUAUAAAAAAACUGCCAUGAGUUAUGUUCGUAUUUUAUCUUUCUUACUAAACAAAAAAGUAUGUGAUGGGUUCGAGCAUAGAUUCCAUAAAAUGUAAAUUAUAUUUAUAAAGAUCGUCUAUUUUUUGAAGUCAAGAUUAUCAUCAAGUCAUGUUACCUGCUUAAGUUUUGGACUGCACUUAAAUAAGUGUUGAUGGGAUCAUGAUUGUGUCGUUAUAUAUAGAGUUGCUUUUUCAUUUCAUAUUUUAUUCAGAAAAUGAGAUAAUUGCUCUGUAUCUUAUAAUAUUUAUAUUAAUAUGGAAAAUUAUUUAUCUGCUUUAUAUCUAACUAAACCUUACUAUAAUUUUACUUUUUCUUAUUCUAUUUGUACUCUAAUAUAAAAUUCAUAUUGGUCACAAAUCUUUUUUAUAUAAUUUUCUAACUUUAAUUGCAUUAUUUAAAAAAAUAUUUUACCUUACGAAACAUUCAAUAUCAAUCCUAAUAUUAAUCAAUGAAUAAGGUAAAAGUAAAAUUGAAGUAAUAUUUUAACUGUAAAAGAUUUUGUUUUAUAUAAACAUUAUUAUAACCAACUGCAAUUUACAGUUAUGUACUUUUUCAC